UGUUGUGCAUGUAUUUGCAUAAUUUUGAAUUUGGCAAGGAAACUAAAUUUACUCUGAAAAAUGGUUAGCCGGUUAACAUGAAUCAAGUACAAAUGCAUGCUAUACUGUAAAGACAAUGGAGGCUGGUGCUAAAAGGUGUGAUUCAGAAGGUGUAUCAUGUGACCUCUGUGGAAAAGAAAAAGCUGUUACUGCAUUCUGUGUGGAUUGUAAGGAUUUGAUAUGUGAGAAAUGUUUUGCACAUAACUGCCUUCCAGAACCAUUGAAACAUCAUAGACUAAUGCAAAGACAUAAAAUGCCAAAGAUGACAGAUGGCACAUACGUCUAUGAAAAAUGUGACAAACACAAUGGCGAGACUAAAAAAUUCUAUUGCGAAGUUCAUAGAGAAAUUUGCUGCCGCAAAUGUAUUUCAACACUACAUAAACGUUGUAAUAUAAGAAACCUUGGGGAUGUGAUAGCCGAAAAGGACAAAGAAUCAAAAGAAAAUCUUAAGAUGGUAGAAAAUUUACUCAGAAGGCAGGAAGAGGAAGUUGAAGAUAAGGUGAAGUCUAGUGAAAGAUAUGUUAAAGCUGCCCUUGAACAAUUAGACAAACAUAGACAUAAAAUCAAUAAACAUUUUGAUAAGUUGAAAAAAGAAAUAGAAGAAGAAGCAAAUAACACAAAGAAGAAGAAUAAAAAGAAAAUGAACAACCUAAAAGAUACAUGUGCAGCUAUGCAAAAUGAUAUUGAGGAAAUAAAAGUUGAAAUCUUUGGACAAGAAAAUAGAAGGAAAAGUAAACAAAGUUUUGCUGAUGUAAAUGCAAACUAUUGGCAAGUUGACCAUCUGAAAUCUAAACUGGAAAGAAUACAAACUCAGACUAAAAUAAAGAAAGUGAAAUUUUGCCAAAGCAGAAUGUCCACCUCUAUUACCUUAAGGAAGGACAUACUUGGCUAUUUGCAAAUAUAUGAAGAGCAAAAUGAUGAUGACAAUGAUGGUAACCAAGACAACGCUGAUAAUAACAUGGGCAACAAUGAUGAUGGUAAUGAAGACAGUAAAAGUAAUAGUCCUUGCAAAAAUUGUGAAACUGGAAACAUGCUUGAUUGCCAAAAGUACCAAGAAAUAGAGCUUCCUAAGCUGCUGCAAACAUCAGAAACAACUGUAGCCAUCUUAGAUUAUUACCAAAGUAAGGUCAGUCUUCACACAAAAAGUAACCCAAAACAUUGUGCCAAUGUCCUCUUUUCAACUGGUCCUUGGGACUUUACAAAGAUUGAAGAAAACACAUUAGCAGUAACACUACCACAUGAAAGAAAAAUAAAAUUCCUACAUGUUCAUAAUGGAAUAAAGGAAGCAGAUGAAAUACAAACUCCAGGAUUCUGUAGAAGCAUUGCAUAUGUCUGUAACUCUGAUGGUAACUCUGAUGGUAACUUUCUUGUGGUGACAUUCACAGAGCCUGCAGGUCUGAAACUACUCUGCAAAUCUGGCGAAGUCUUAAGAGAUAUCCCAAUGAUAGAAGCUGGAAAAACCCUGUUUAGAGCACCAUCAUCAGUGGCUGUGGCAGAAAGAACAAUUUUUGUAACAGAUCCAGUAAUGAAUACAGUGACAAGAAUGGCCACAGAUAGAAAAAAAAUUGGCAAAAUUGAGGAGAUUCUGAGGCACAAUGAUUUGAUUCAUCCAUCAUUUGUCUCUUACUCAAAUAACAGGCUGCUUAUAUCAUUGCGCAAAGGUUUAGAAUUCUUUUCUACAACAUGUGAUUUCACAAACAUUGAGACUAAAAGCUGUACAGAUGACAAUGUUUACUUUCUUGGUAGAACACAAGCAACAGAUUUUAACAAUGUGGAAAUUCAUGGCAUUGCUAUUCAUGAUAGCAACAUUGAUGAUAGACACAGAAGUAAUGCAGAUGAAGUAAGGUUAUCGAGUGAUAUAGAUGAGGAUUGGCCAAGAGAAAUUUCACGAAGAAAACAAUGUAUUGUUUCAUAACAGUGACAUCAGCCUUAGAAACUAUAAAACAUAAGUUUCAUCUUGUGACAAACAAAAAUACAAAAAUGUAUAUCAAACAAGGGAACAUUUUUAAACAAAAAUAUUUUUCUGCUGACUGAUUUUAAAAAAAUGUUUAAGGCAUGAAAGAAACUAACUGUACUAAUUA